UCUGCUUGGUAAAGCAGGGAAAGGUGGAGAGAGAGAAAUCUUUUUUUUUCCCUUCACCAUCACUUUCUCUGACUGUCACACACGUACACACACACAGACACACACACUUACUUAAACACACACACUCAGUGAGCGGAACGGGACGCAGUCAAACGUAACAGGACUAUGGACCUGAGCCUGCGAGAUGCUCUGGGUGGGGGUGGAGGUGGGGUCCCAGGCGGGGCCCCUGCUGAGGCUGUGCUGAAGAGAGACUUCAUGGCCUCGCUGGAGAAAGAGAAAUACGACGAUAAAGUGGGAGAGACGGUCACUAAGAGUGAUUACCGACCCUUGAUUGAUGGAAAGGACACCAAGAGCGGUCCGGGGAUUAUGUCAUCGAUGAUGUCGUCAGGCGGAUACCAAGACAAACCAGGGCAACCUCCAUUCACUUCUGGCAACCUGUCUGGCUUCUCUCAGUCUGCGCUGGGAGGGACUAUGGGGUCCGGGGUGCCACCGUUCCAGACCAGCAUGAGCUCUAACCCUUUCAGCCAAUCUGGGAUCGGUUCAGCUAUGGACACCCAGAAGACUUCAGGCCUGUUUGGUGUGGAAAACAAAACCACCACUAACACCAGUGGAAGCAGUCCAUUUAAGACCAGUGAUCCAUUUUCCUCCAGUGGCCCAGGGAUCCACACCACAGAUUAUUCUGCAGCUCCUGUUCUCUCUCCCAGCGGCUCAAUUGAUGACAUCAGUCCCUCGUCCUCCGCCUCUGACGACAGCACCGAGAGAGUAGGGGGUGAGCAGAGACGGCGCAAGAAGAGGAGGAAGAGCCAUGAUGAGGUCUAUGACUUCUUGGAUAGCCAAGAGAAGAACAUCAGCCAGUCAGAGAAGGGUGGGCAGGGGGGAGUGGACAAUGAAGAGGAGGAGGAAGAGGAGGAGAACUGGGAGUGGGAGAUCAGGGAGAGUGGAGUUGGGGGAAGAGUAAAAGGCAAGAAGACCAAGACCCGUGCAAGACUUCCAAAGGAGUGGGGUGCACCACAGCAACCUAUAUCUCCUACACCUGCUUCCAUCGCUCCUACCUGGGCUACACCUGGUCCAAACUCCAACCCCAGCCCUGUGUUGACCUCUGCCUCUGCUCAAAUACCCACAAGUUUCACAAACCAUUCCCACGCUAGCCUCCUAACAGAUUUGUCCCAACGCUCCUACGAGCCCAUGUGUGUCGAUGAUUUCCAAGACGUGCCAAAGGCAACUGAAGUUUCAAACAGCAAACCUGAAGCUGGUGUUAGCAUCACGGCCGGUGCAACGACCGCCAAGGCUGGUUCAGCCGGGGAUGCAGGCCGUAGUCUAGUGUUAUUGACGGGAGAAAAUCUCAGUCCAGUUUCGCAAACCUUUUCUUUCCUCGAUUCAGUCCUCCAGACCCCUCAGUGCUCCACCCCCGAAUCCCAGACCACCACCCCGAUCACCAACACCCCCUACCUGGCUACAGCACCACUGACCAAGUCCACCCCGAAAGAAAUCGUCAUCCCCGCUUCAGACUCCUUUUCUGUUUCUAAGAACCUCCCACUCCUUACUCCUGCCUCCAAGACAUCCACCGUCCCGGCUGCAGUCGGAUCCGCCCUAAAUGUCAACGCCAAACCUUUUGUCCCGGCAGCCACUUCAGCCCUGCCCCUUGGUUCCGCUCCAGCCCCUCCCACUUCAUCAUCCAAUGCUCCCCUCACAAGUGUAGCCACUUGCCUUAGCUCAGCGCCGCCCAUCACCCCCAAGGCCCCUCCCUCUCUCCCUGCACACUCAGAGCACCAGGAGUCCUCGUCGCCACAGCUCCCCCCAUUGGAAGUGAAGUCUGACAACAAGGACAAGCAGGAGAAGAUGGAUCUCAUGUCCGGCAAGACGGAGAAGAUCGACGCCUUUGACAAGAAGGACAAAGACGAGCAGCAGCAGAAGAAAGACAACACAGUCGACAAGAACCAGAAGUCUGACAAGAUUCUCAAAGACGAGGAGAAGAUAGAGAAGAUGAACGUGGAGAAGAACACGGCCAACGAGAAGGCGGAGAAGGUGGACAAGCCCGAAAAAACCAACAAAGAUGAGAAGAAGGAGGAGGAGAAGAAGCCGGCUGAGAAGAUGGAGGAGAAGGGAGGGAAAGGCCCCGCCAAGCCGUUGACAGGCAAUGGCAGCAAAACUCUGCUGAGCCCUGACAGCAAGAGCAAGCCUGACACGGGUCCGGCCAAACCAAACUCCGCCAAACCCCGUCCAUCCACCCUCUCCACCAAUGGUGAGGCCACCACGACCAAACGCCCCUCCCCCGCCCCCACCUCAGCCAAUAAAAAAAGCCCUGUAUCCAAGCAGACCACACCCAAUGCUGCCAAGCGACCACCACUGGCAUCCGCCAAGACUCCAGAAAAUGGUUCGGCUGAGAAACGCCCACCUGUUCCAAAGGCCACACCCACACCACGUGCACCUGCCAAUAAGAACGGCUCCUCCGCGGCCACUGCGAGCAAAGCUGCCGCAAACAAGAAUGACAAGGCUGAGAGCAAGACGGGAGACGCCAAGAAACCCAAGACUCCAGCUCGUCCUCGCCCGGCCUCCUCCACCACUCCUGCCACUCCGACUCCCUCAACGAACGGGGACUCCAGCGCUCACCGCCGCCGCGUCAUCACCAAACCCCCGGUGCCAAAGCAGGUCCCGCUGGAGAAGAAGCCGCCGGUGCCGCGCACUAACCGGACCCCACGUCCCAUCAACGCCCCGACGCCAGACCUGAAGAACGUCCGCUCCAAGAUCGGGUCCAUAGACAACAUCAAGUAUCAGCCUGGGGGAGGAAAGGUUUCCUCCACCCAGAACAACAAGACAUCAGACCCCAGCAGCGCCACUGCCACUGCCGCCAAGGCCAAAGUUCAGAUAGUGCACAAAAAGCUGGACUUCAGCCAUAUCACGUCUCGCUGUGGCUCCAAAGACAAUAUCAAACACGUCCCCGGAGGUGGCAAUGUGCAGAUCCUGAGUAAGAAGGUUGACGUGAGCAAGGUCACCUCCAAAUGUGGCUCUAAGGACAACAUCAAAUACAAGCCGGGUGGUGGUGAUGUGAAGAUUGAGUCUCAUAAGCUCAACAUUAAGGCAAAGUCUAAGAUUGGAUCAAUGGACAAUGUGGGAGAGCAGACCAACGGACACAAGGAGGAGAAAGCAGAGGAGAAGACAUCUUCACCCCCAAGUGGCGCUCCAGCAACAGCACCAGCAGACGUUGCUAAGGCAACAGCACCUGCAGGUGUUGCUAAGGAGAACGGGGCAAAGGAGGCCAUGCCCACUCCUUUUGGGGGAGACGUACUGAGGGAGCCCCUAAGCAUAGACAAACGCAUCACUGAGACAAAUUGAGUCCCAGUGAACCUGUGGAUUCCGGUGGGACACGCAUUUGGCGUUUGUCGACCUGCCAAUCAACAGACCAACCAACCUACCACAGCGCAGUCACUUCCCUCUGGCCCCGCCCCCUCAUCUUUGCCCAGCACAGCAACAAACUGACCGAUCACCUCUCAGUGUUUUUCUGGGGUCCACCUGCCAGCUUCCCGCUCCCGACCUUGACCUCUCAAUAUCCCCAGGCUGACCUUUGGCCUUGCCUGUAACAGAGAUUCUGCCGGUUGUGCGUUUGGUGAGUGGGGCUUUCCACUCAACCGAUAAAAAAACAAACAAAAAAAACCACCUCCUAAGCAGUGAUUUAGAGGACUAAAUCUAACAACCCAAACGCAAUAAACCCACACAAUCGUAAUGAUGCAUUAACUAUUUUCAGCAUAGUUUUUCACAAAAUAUUUCCACGAAUGAGUCUAAUUUUUAUGUUUUAAACAUUUCUACAUGUGGCCCAAACACGAUUACAAAUCCACUUUACUCUUUCAACGUCAUUGUCCCUCCUCCAUUCCCAGUCCAUGCCCAUUUAGCUGUAGACCACACUAACCAGGCUGAGGCUUGCUGCCAGCCAGCAGCGGGGCAAAGACUGUCAAGUCUGCUUCAGAUCAACACAUUCCAGCCUCCCAGGCAGCCAGCAAUUAUCUAAAUCUACAGUAUCUACAGCACUGCACGAUGUCUCAUUAUAGAUCAAUUAGGUAUUAUCUCCCAAUACUUAUGUUGGUAUCAUUGCACCGGUUUUUCUCCUCUAGAUUAAUUGAAGUAAUGCUUGUUCAGAACAGAGAAGAUACGAUAUAGGGAUGUCGGGGUAUUUUUCCCAUGUUUCGUGAAAGGAUGUAUUCGGGUGCUGAGGAGGAAAAAGCUACAAAAGAUCUGAUGAUUUUGUGAUUAGUGCAGGAUAAUCAUGAGGGUGGGUUGGCAUGAAGGGAGAGGGCAUCAAUUACGUUUCUGGAGAGGCCUUGGCUCGAAAUGGACUUGGCAGUGAACACAGUAAUCGGAUACUGCAGCCAAAUAAUUUUUGCGAGGCUGAAAUGACAGUGUGAGAUGACAGCGUUUGACCUUGACGCGGUGAACACAGAUUCAAGCUGUGGGAGUGAUUCUAACACUUCAUCAUUAUAGUGUUAAAUCUUGGGAGUUAAACUGCGAGCUGCACCUUUUAGUCAAGAAUACGGGAGCCCUGAGGCACAGUAACAAAUUGUACUGUAUGUUGCACUUUUCUUGUUGAUGCACUAAUGUCACAAGCUGCUUUUUAAAGGUCUUUCCAAGGUAAAAAUGGCCAAAAGUUCUAGUAACUUAAAUUGGUAAUUAGUGGUUUGUGUCAUGUGGGCAAAAGAAGUAAAACGCAAAUAUAUUUUUGCGUUUUAUUUGAAUGAAACUUGACCCAUGAAUUUGUGCUGUUGACCGACGGCAAGCCUUUGAAACCACGCUGGCAUUUGAGGGAUGAGAAAGCUCAAGAGUCCAAUAUGAUGGAAGCUUUCAUAUCUUCUUACUUUUAUUCAUCCAUGUUCAUUCAAAUCUCCCAUUUCGCCAGGUAAAGUGAUUUUAAAGAAGGAAAAAAAGAGGUUAGCAGACACAAAAGCAGUGUUUCUUCUUUGUCCUGCUAGCACAUGUGCUAGCUAAUCCCACUAACAGCGAUGAAGCUGGCUAAAACAGAGAAGAUUCAGAGAGCUGCUGUGACUUGUCUCGCACUAGUUCAAUAUUAAUGAUUAGUUUGCCUGCUGCGGUAAAAGAUCACCAGGUAGUCCUGUGUGUAGCUAGUCCCUGUAUCUAUUGUUGGGCCACUUUCUGGUUGUGACAGGGCUUUAAUUCGUAAAGUAUUUUUAUUUUAUUCAUACAUCAGGGUAUCAGUCCAAACUACUGUGGAUGUCACUGUUCAGUUUGGCUCUAUUGAAAUAUAUUUAAACAACAAAAAACACCUUAUAUUAAAGCUGCUGUCAGUGAGGUCGUCUUUUGGCUAACUUCCUGUUCCUGUUAGCAUUCCCCCUCCCUCCUCCCAACGUCACUUGACAAACUUGGGUAUUGGGUAAAAUGUUCUGGGAUACUAGGAAAAAGUUUCACUUAGAUUUACUCUGCACUUACACCCUACUGUAUGUAUGGCUUCAUUGUUUGACAGCGGGCAUGUCUGACACUACGUGCUGGAGGAGGCUACCGCAAGUUAGCAGAGCAGCGUUAGCAUGGCUGAUUUCGUAGCAAGAGCUGCUAAUGUUGCUAAAGGAGUGUUUGUUUGCCAUUUUUUGGUGCAUUCUGUUUGACAAAAACACUGGCAACGGCGGGAACAGUCGUGUCCAAGAGCUAACUCGUGUCUGUGCUGGAGUAUUUGCAGUAUUGGAAAUACUGACAUUUCUCAACUUGUGCCACUUGCAGCGUUUCAGCUGACGCCUCCACUGUGUAUGUAGGAGUGUAGCGUUACUGUCAAGAGACCCAAGUUCAGUGACAGCUGUCUAAUUAACACAUGUUUUAACCAAAGGAUUUCGCUGUCAGCAGCUUUCAAAAAGUCUAACACUUACAAACCCGCCAGUGUUUAUCUCCAAACCAGUUAAUGCCACAAACGUCCGCUCUUUUUUAGUACGUCUGUUUUUGCCACAGCACAAUCACCCACCACAACACACAAAACACCGUUAAGUGUCUCCAACAGUGAUACAGUCACACCAAACCUGUUAUGAAUUUGUCCGUCCCACUCAUACACAUGAACUCCCCAGUGAGUGGAGGAGCCCCAGCAGUCACGCUGAGUUGUGUAGUAGUAUUUAUAGUCUUACAUACGGCUGAUAUGUAGACAGACGGACUGACCACAGUGUCCUCCACAUCCAGGUCAUUUUGUUGUGGGCUCAAGUCUUCGAACUCACUCUGUUAACUUUCUGUUCACACACACUCUCUCAGACACACCUUCACAAAAGUAAGCACAGAUCUAUACACAGACACUCUAUACCAGUACACUCAUUACGGCUGCCUAAACAAAGCGUUAUCCUGAACCUAAACCAUAACCUUAACCUGACCACUAUCCAUCUCACCCCCUAAACUUAACCAUGCUGCAUUAGGACCAGAUGUUUGUCUUCAUGAGGACUUCUGGCGCUGACAAGGUCAGUGUCUAUGCCAGAAAAGGUUCAUAAGAGGUAGCAAAUACACACACAAUUCUUGUACAGCACAUUCACAGCCCCUUAUCCUAACCCUUAACCUCACCCUAAAACCAAGUCUUACCCCUCGAAAAGCCCUUUAAAGUUAUGAGGAUCUGCUACAAUGUCCUCACAAAGAUAGGUUUGAAUCAGAAUUUGUCCUCACGGCCUCCUACAGACAUGUACACGCAUUAACAAGCACACACUACACAAAGCAGCAGCCUGUAAUAGAAGUGUUGUACUGCUUAUCUGUUAUAGAAUGAAAUCAACUCUUUCGUAUCGUGUGUUUCGGUGGUCGCCGCUGACGUUGUUAAAACAUCGAUGAGCUGUGUCGCUGUGUCGUUCCCGCCAUAGUCAUUGUCGGACACGUAGGCUCAUAGGCUUUGUUGCCGUCUGUCUCCUCCUCCUCCCCCCCAUGGUGUUUUACUCCAACAUUGUUGACAGCAAUACAGCGAUCAUAGUCGAGAACGUCUGACGCAUACUCGGGAGGGACGGACAGAGAACGAUCGCCGAGGUGUGAUGCGUUAGAAGAGCCACAAGUUCACUUGCAGGAAGAGCUGAAGUCGGAAUUUUUCUUUGCAGCUUGUAAAUGAUUUUACUUAUUUAUUGAGUAGGACUUAUUAAAUGCUACCACCACCAACUUAUACAUGUGAAGAAUUGAGAACUGCACAGCAGUGUCUAGUUAUUAAUCUCUUUGGCAUAAUACAGUAUUUCACCAUCGGUGUUGUGUACAUAAAUACCUGAAUGGACUUAAACAGCUUUGUCAAGUUUUGGUUUUGUUUGUUUGUAUGACGGGAUAUACAAAAGAAAACGUGUGAAAUAAAUAAUCUUCAGGAGGUAGCUGUGGGCAACUGGACUUGCGUCAAGCAACAACUGAAGAUGUCGAAAGUUCCAAAUGUGAUGAAUGCAGCAGUAUUUCUGUCCUGCCAGGAAGCUCUUUCAUUUGAAUGAUUCAAAAUGCUUGCGAAAUUAAUAGUUAAUGGGGGAAAUUACUUUGUAGAAGUAGGGAAUGUUAUUUUUGCUUAUUUCUUUCACUUGUUAAACGUCUAAAAUGACUUGGCAGAAAUGGAGAGAAGGUGUGAUUCUAAAGUCUGUUCGUAUUAUUUCAGGAAAUCACCUUGUUUUGGAACUUAAUAAGAUUCUAUGAAAAUGACACUGUGAUGUGACUUUGAUUUACAGACCAGAAGCGUUGUGAUGUGUGACAUUGGUAGAAAAAAACAAAAAGAAAGAAAAAAAGAAAAAGAAGAGUCAAAGCAGCCAUCUACUCACCGCAAUUCUAUGCAUUAUGAUGGUCUCCAUUGAUACUAUGAAGGAUUUGGUGACACGUUUGUGACGUGUCUCCUUACUUGUCAGAUGUGUGAAGUGUUGCAACUGCAUCCAUCCUGUAGAGGGCACUGCUUAGCCUCUGGAACACUGAUAGUCUGGCUCCGACUGACACCUAUCCAAUCGACAAAAGCAGAUCGAGGAAACCUUAUAUCAACAUCUGUUGCGUUACACACUGUUCUCAUUCAAACUAGCUUUGGUGGCCACGUUAUAUUAUUGUGUCUGGAACUUUACAGCUAUUUAAACUAUAUGGAUGUACAGCCCCCCCCCCAAGUCCUGUGUGCACUUUGAAUACAGUCCCGACACACUUCCGUGAUAUAAGAGUUGCUCAUAUUUAAUAUUGUCCUGCUCCUUGAAGUUGUUCUCAUGAGUUGCCUAACAGUGAAACAUUGCAGUUAAGCGAUGUGAGUGCGUGAGUCAUGUGAAAAAUGUCCAUGUGAAUCGUCAAGAGUAGAGGAACAAAAGGGAUGGAAGGUAUUCAGUAGAUGAUAGGCAGUGGUUUGUAUUCAUAGAAAUAGGACGUUCGUGGGUUUCAGUGGUACUUCGGUUCAUGGUGUUGUGCUGCUGGUAUUAAUGGUUCAACACUGAAGUCUCCAUUGACUGGUUUUUGAUAUUCGGUCCAAGCUGUUGGAGUUCCAGAACAUUUCAUUAGUGGCACAUGUCACGACCUGAUUAUAUAAUAAUUCCUGCUUUAAUGGUAAGAUUUAAUAUCAUUAGGUUUAAGAUGAGAUUCAUGCUUUUGGAUUCAGUAGUAACCAGAAGUAGGCAUAAAGUCAAAAUGAAACAACCUGAUUUACUCAGAUAAACAUUUCGCCAAAAGUCUUGAUUCCCCAGUUUUUACCACAAAUACCACCCUUCCACUAGUACGUCACACUGACCCUUGUUUACAAGCAAAUUUAGCGUCAAACUUAAUGUGAAUAAUAAUAAUUCCAGAACCAUUGUAGUUACGACAAUGUUUUGUCAUUCCAGAAGUAACCUGAAUAAAUGAAAAUCAAACAAAAAAGAGAAGGAAAAAAACGUACUUCCUAACAGGGUGGAUACUGACAAAUGAGCUUAAACCUGUAAUCUUUAAGGUUAUUAAUAAUAAUGAUAAUAACAAUAAUAGUAAUAAUGAUAAUGGUAUUGUUAUAACGUUUUAUUUUUUCGGUCUGCCUUUUAUUUCUGCUACGAAAAAGGGCUGCUGAAGCUUCAAGAAUGUUUGAAAAAAAAAUGUAUCAAAGAUGCAAGAUUAUGAAAUCAUGGAUGAGGUCUGUCUCUGUUCUGUUAUAUGUAAUGCUUUUUACCAGAUUCAUAGUGCUGGGUAGAGAGGGAGUUUGUGUGUGGUGUUGGUGUGAUGUGUACGAGAGCUGAGAGUGGACACACACCAGCAGCCCCGUUUUCUUCUGCCCACCACCAUCCCAGUUAGAUUAAAACAGUAACAGGACUUAGUCUUUUGGCAUGUGGUGUAAAGUAAUGUUCUGUAUUAGACCGCUCCUAUGUAGACAUCUCGACCUACCUACCAACACAGGACUGAAGCACUGUAAAGGGGACGUUUUGGACCAAAUUAUCUCCUAAAAAGGUCAAUUUAUUGUUUAAUUGUGGACCAAAAUUAAAUUUUGAGCAUAUUUGUAUUUUGAGUUUGACCUGUCAAGCUAAUCCUAGUUAAAAAUGAUAAUAAAAUGAAUGAAGGAUAGUGUUGGUAGAUAUGUACUUGGAGCCCCUUAGUGUGUCCCACACCUACAGCAGUUUGUCAGCAUCACAGCAUUGAAAAGUAGAUUUCUCUGUUUGCAGCUAAGACCAGUGAAAUCGACAUUCCAAAAAAGAAAAUAAUCUAGAGCUUUGUUUAAACUGUAUUGAACUGUCACAGUAUUAUUAUUAUUUGUAUCUUUGUAUCUGUGCUUGUUUCAGCUACAUUUUACAAAUCUGACACAUUACAAAUUGAGAGUAAUCUACUCCUCAGUCCUGUGUACUGGAGUGGAUCCACUGUAGUGUGAUGUAUUGUAACCGUAGGGCACAACACCAUAGCCAGAGCAUGCAGACGACAACAAACAAACAAGCAAACUGCUGAUUGUUAGAAGCAUUUGUCCUGUUAGAUAGAGCUGAUCUCUCCCUGCAAUUCUGAAUAUUUGGUAUGAAAGAGAUGUUCCUUGUGAUUAAUUGUUAACCUGUGAUGUGAAUAUUAAUCAUGAAAUAAAUAAAAAAAAAAGAUGAGCAAAAGAUCAGGUAAUGUCA